AUGUCGUUGCCUGAGGUCCAACUAAAAGCUGGCAUACUCGGCGCAACUGGCACAGUUGGGCAAAGGUUUAUCUCUCUACUUUCAAAACAUCCAUAUUUUACGAUUCAUGUUGUUGGUGCCUCUUUGCGUUCCGCUGGCCAAGAGUAUGCUAAGGCUACAAGGUGGAAAAUGACCACACCUAUACCUGCUGAAGUUGGAAAUAUGCUAGUUCAAGAGUGUAAGCCCGAGUUGUUUAGAGAAUGUGAUGUGAUAUUUUCGGGAUUGGAUUCUGAUGUCGCUGGUGAAAUCGAAACAUCUUUCCUCAAAGCUGAUCUAGUGGUGUUCUCUAAUGCAAAAAACCACCGCCGUGACCCUGUGGUCCCACUCAUUGUACCCACCGUGAAUCCUUCACAUUUUGAUUUAAUCCCGCAUCAAAGAUCUUUGCACUCACUUCACAAAGGUUUUAUUGUCACGAAUGCAAAUUGUUCUACGACGGGUCUUGUAGUCGUUUUGAAACCUCUUCAAGAUGCGUUCGGGCCUAUUGAAGCUGUCAUCGUCCAGACAAUGCAAGCUAUCUCCGGAGCCGGUUAUCCCGGAGUGGCGUCACUUGAUAUCUACGACAAUGUUGUCCCUUUUAUUAGUGGUGAAGAGGAGAAGAUGGAAUAUGAAACCCUUAAAAUUUUAGGCGACGUUAACGAGACGGCUACGGGUUUCAAUAUUCUUUCUUUUACAAAAGUCUCGGCCUCUUGUAAUCGUGUGCCAGUGAUUGAUGGACAUACCGAAUGCGUUUCCAUCAAAUUCAAAAAUCAACCACCUCCAUCAGUAGAGCAAAUUAUACACGCCUUGGAUUCAUACGUUUCAGAAUCGCAACAGAUUGGUUGUCAUUCAGCUCCCGAAAAAGCUAUAAUCAUAAGUAGAGAUCAAGAUCGACCACAGCCGAGAUUAGAUAGAGACAAUGGGGAUGGUUACAGUGUUACUGUGGGAAGGGUUAGGAAGUGCAAUGUGUUCGACGUUAAAUUUACCCUGCUUGUACACAACACCAUUUUGGGCGCGGCAGGAAGCGGAAUAUUGAAUGCAGAAAUUGCACUUGCAAAAGGGUUAUUAAAAGUUGGAUCCUGA